AUGCCUCUACUUCUCAUGGACACCCACAGAUACGUUGUCCGAGAAAUCUCGAAAGAAAUCCACUCCUUUUAUGAGGGGAAGCGGCCGUUCCGAGUCUACCAUGGGUCUACGCAUUCCUCUCGCGCUAUGCAUGAUCCGCGAGCGGUCGUCCACACAGCUGAUCUGAGUCAUAUAUUGGAUAUCAAUACCAAGAGCAGGUUCGUUAUGGCCGAGCCGAAUGUACCUAUGGACAGGCUCGUGAAGGAAGUGUUGAAGCAUGGUUUAAUACCCCCUGUGGUGCCUGCCUUCCCCGGAACCACUGUAGGAGGGACCUUCGCAGGUACGGCGGGGGGCAGCUCAUCCUUCAAAUACGGCUUCUUCGACCGGGCUGUGUCAUGGAUAGAGAUCGUACUUCCGGACGGGAAGAUCACGAGAGCCUCGCGAACGUGCAACCCGGAGCUCCUAACCGGUAUGAUUGGAACGUUGGGUACUAUUGGCAUCGCCACGCUCUUCCAGAUCAAGUUGGUACCAGCAGCCGAAUGGGUCGAAUUGGCGUACCUACCAGUCGAAUCUACGAUCGAAGCUCACGAUACGAUUAACCGCUGCUCCCAAGACCAGGAGAACGAUUUCGUAGAAGGUCUGGUCUACGGUCCGGAGGCUUCUACGUACGGAGUAGUUGCCGUUGGCAAACUCAGUACUAUCAAAGACAACCCGCAAUCUGGAUUCAGUGGGGCUCGAGAUGACUGGUUCUAUGAGCAUGCCCUCCAAGCGGUGGGCAAAACAGAAAGCGUGCCAAUCAUGGACUACCUCUUUCGAUAUGACCGCGGAUCCUUCUGCCUGGGACGAUAUUGCUUUGGCAGAAUUCCUUUGAACAAGUGGACGCGGUAUCUCACAGACAGAGCCACACGCUCGCGCGCUCUGGCCCAGAUGUCGCAGGCUAUGCAUUGGGCGGAUCAUUUCAUCAUACAGGACCUAGUCAUCCCUCUAGAGUCGACUUACGCCAUGCUACACUUCCUAGAGGAAGAAUUGAAGAUCUAUCCCAUCCGGCUGUGCCCUAUCCGGCAAUGGCCGGAGAGCAAUGCCAUCAUGCGACCGAAUCCCCGAAAGACAAGUCUCUUCAUGGGCAUAGGCAUCCGCGGCUACACUCCGGAUACGCUCCACAAUCCCACUAAAUUCAAAGAAAAGAACCGAGACAUUGAAAGGACGGUGCACCGUCUGGGCGGUAUCAAAUGGCUGUACUCGCGCAAUUACUACAGCGAAGAAGAGUUUUGGGAUAUCUACCCAAGGAAAGAGUAUGGAGAGCUAAGGAAGAAGUAUAAAGCGGAGUACAUUGCAGAUGUGUAUGAGAAAUCCAGGUCUAGUGACAGGCAGAUCAGGGCUCCAAAGGUGAAGGGGUUUUGGAAUAGCGUGCUCGCGAGGACGUCGGUGUUAGCUACGAAGCAAAGCCCAAAGCCGAAUAGUCGUUAG